CCACUUGACGCUCAUCUCCUCUUCUCCCCUUUGCUACUUGACCUUUUCUAUCGCUUCCUCUCCUCUUCUCUUCUCUUCUCUCUCCUCCCCACGCUUCUUACAUCUUAUCUUCCGCCUCGUGGCACUUGCACAGUGUACAGGCCUGUCAUUCCUUUUGCCCCCAAGCGUACAUACACUCCUUUGUCAAUUCAUACUGCAGUCGAUCUGCAGUUGUUGACCUUUCCCCCCCACGCUCUCUACUUCGAACUUCCUGGGGAAGUUCUCUCUCGUCAAAUCAACUCCUCCCAAUCCACCAAAUUUUUCCCUCAUCAUCUUGGACCUGAUCUGUGAUCGCCCAUCAAUUACACAAUGCGCUCAACUCUGCUCCUCGCCGCCCUCGCUGCUGGCUGCGUCAAUGCCUUCGAGAAGCGUGUCUAUGUGACCGACUGGACCACAGUUACCGUCACCAAGACCAUCACUGCCGCCGCCGUCACCGUGACUGUCCAGCCUGCCGCGCAAGCUCAGAUCCAGAACACCGUGACCACUACCACCCAGGCUCCCGUCGUCGCUGCCACCACUGAGUCCGAGUCCUCGGAGUUGGCCAAGAAGUCCACCGUUAUCGUGCCCGUUUCAUCCACCACCGAGGCUGCUGCCGCCGCGGUUGAUACUGCCUCCGCUGCCACCUCCUACUUCUCCACUGCCUGGACUUCUACCGUCGAGGCUUCCUCCACUCUGUCCAGCUCCACCUCCAGUGCUUCCACUGCCGCCUCUACCGCCAGUGCGACCAACUCUUACCAGUCGGCCGUCCUGUACAACCACAACAUCCACCGUAGCAACCACUCCGUUUCGUCCGUUGAGUGGUCUGCCGAUCUCGAGGCCAGUGCCCAGACUUUGGCCGCUCGUUGCGUGUACGAGCACGAUACCACAAUUGAUGGCGGCGGUUACGGUCAGAAUAUCGGCUACGGUGUCAGCUCUGACGAGGUUGGCGUCAUGAUCACCAAUCUGAUGUACAAUGAUGAGAUCGAAUACUUCCCUACCCCCUACGGCGCUUCCGACCCUAGCAUGACCGAUUUCGACAAGUGGGGCCACUUCUCCCAGAUCGUCUGGAAGGCAACCACUCACGUCGGCUGCGCCACCGUAAUCUGCAACAGCCUGGGCAACGUCGACUCCGGCUCCGCCCUGCCCUUCACUGUGUGCAACUACUCCCCCGCCGGUAACGUCGGCGGAGAGUACGGCGACAACGUCCUCGCGCCGGGUACUGCAAGCACCUAUACUGCCUAGGCCUGCUUCUUCUCCUGAUCCGCCUGGAAGCUUCUCCCAUCUUUCUUGCGGGCUAUCUAUGGGGAUAGUUCCGAUGCAUGUUACAUCUCGAUGUCUAGUGAGGCCUGCAUUUGUUUUUCUAACCCUGUGUUACUUUUGUUUAUCAUACUCUCUUCGCUUCUCUCAGCGGCUUUGCAUGUUCCACUCCUGAUCAACGUCUUCUCGCUUGACCGGGUACUUUUUCCGAGGUGGGGAUUAGCAUUUGGGACCUUCAACCCCACCUUGGGCCCGGACUUGAUUCUCUUCAAUCCUAACCAAGAGGACUUUUUGUCUUGUAUGUACGCGGAGGGCUGCCUAUGCUUAUACCAUUUCUUUAUCGUUUGACCCUCGGAAGAAGGGGACGUGCAGAGUCGCGACCCCGUUACAAUUGUGAAUACUCCCUUUUUUUGACUCGGUGUCUCCUAGCGAUUUUUCUACCCCCUUUCCUGUGAAUAAACAAAACAACAUGGUUCCCCCAAUGUGAUGUACUGCAAUUCUGAAUGUGAGAUGAACCUUGCUUCCUACCAACCAUGGCAUAUAUACACGUAGUUCACGGUGUACUUUACAACAUGCCUUCAUUGCCUAUCAACUCAAAAU